CUUACUCUUUUUUAAAAGCUUUUAAAAAAAAAAACUAUAUAUAUAAUAUGAAACUCUCUCCUCUUACUCUCUCUGUCUGUGCCGCUGUAGUCUUACUUACACAACAAGCUGACGCCAAAGCUGCCACUACUGCUAUUCAAGAGAAUGCUGAUUGGACAAAAGACCAGGUGCAAGCAUACCUUGACAAGUAUCAAAUCACGUAUGACAAGAAUGACGAAGGUCUCUUUGACACGGUGCAAAAAUACCGUGACGCCGCUAUGGUGAAUGCCGGACUUUUUAUCAAUGAUAAAUCCAACACGGUGCAAAGAUUAAUCGAAGGUCUCAAGAACAAACUCGAGACCAAGUACAAGUUAAAGGCUGAUGAUGUUCAAGCCUUCACCGAUGACGUGCAACAUGAAUUGAGACAAUUGGAAUUAAGUGGUAGCUUAACUCAAGACAAGGUAAAGCAAUCUUUGGACAAGUUACAACACAAGGCCAUCAAACAAAAAUACCUCACUGCUGCUCAAUACAAGGAAAUCUCCAAGGAUUUACAAUCUUCUUUUGCUACUCCCACUUGGUUCCAAAAAUUAUUCGGUCCUUCUACCUCAGGUUACUUUACAGAUGAUGCCUUCCAUAACUGGAUCUCUAAUACCAUUACUCAUCGCUUACAAGAGAACAAGGACUUGACCAAGGAACAAAUUCAAUCUAUUGUCGAUACCUUGAAAUCUGCUAUUGCCUCUACUUCCUCUUCUGUACAAGAUCUUUCCAAGUUAGCUUCGGCUGCUUGGUGGAAACAAUUAUCAACCGAUAUUGAAAAAAAUGCUAAACUUAAGCAAGGUCAAGUCACAGGUAUUGUAGACUCCUUAAAAGAUGAGGUGAACGCCUACAAGAUCUUUGCUAUGGAUUAUGCUGGUGAAGCUUCAGAUAAGACUCAAAGUGUCUUGGGUUCUGCUACUCAAUACCUUGUAAACACCGGUAGUUAUCUCCUCUCAUUUAUUCAACCUGUCAAGUCUGCUGAGGAACGUGCUGCUGCCUCUGCUUCUUCUGCCGCUGCUUCUGCUACCGACGCUGCUGCUGCCUCUGCCUCUUCUGCACGUUAUGCUGCUGCUGCUUCUGCCUCUUCUGCCGCCGGUGCUGCUACCGAUGCUGCUUAUGGUGCUGCCUAUGGAGCUGGUAACAGUGUAUCCUCUGCCGCUGCUGCUGCUACCGAUGCUGCUGCCAGUGCUCGAGAUGCUGCCGCUGCCUCUGCUGCCUCUAUCCAUUCUCAAGCUUCACAAAGUGUCAAUGAUGCCAAGAACAGCUUUGGUCAUUUCUGGAAGCAAAAGGAGUUGGAGACUUACAAAAAGAUUGGAUAUACAGAAGCACAUAUUGAUUGGGUCGAGAAUUAUUUGAGCAAGACAUUCCAGGAUAAGCGUAACUUUGCCAAGGAGACUGUACAAAGUGCCAUGCAUACCAUUCGUGAUUAUCUUGUUUCUGCCAAGGUCCAAACUGCUGCUCAUGUGGAUCAUCAAUUAAAAUCGAUUGAAAACUUGAUUGAGUCUUGGAGAAAGACGGUUGUUCAUAAUGAGUUGUAAAUUUGCAUAAAAAACACACACACAAAAAUCCAUUCCCCCCUUACCACUACCUAUUUUUUUAAACAUUUUGAAAACAAUAACAAUAUCAAUAAAACAUAGUUAAAAAAAAAA